AUGUUCGCCGUCCCAGGCUGGUCCCUCGAGACCUCUGCUCUCAAGCAGCAGCAGGCCGAAGCGUCCCAGAAGCAAUCUUCAUCCAAGAGCUCAACUGGGGCUAAUAGUACCCCCAUCAACAACAGGGAUAAGAAGCGCAAGCGCGAAGAUCAUGUCACCAAGGGCAAUGUGGAUGAGAUGUACCGUCGGCAUAUCGAGGGCCAGAAACCGACCCCCAAGGGCCAGAAGCAGAAUGCGAACAACAAUGCCGUGAAGGCUGAUAAGAAGCCUAAGAAGGGUGGAGAUGGCCAGGGAAAGCAGAGCCAGGCGACGAAAGAGCAGCCCAAAGAGAAGCCCGAGACUACUGGGGAGGAAGGAAAGCCCGCCAACAAAAAGCAGAGGAAGAACAAGAACAAGAACAAGGACCAGCAGCAAGAAGCUUCAACUGAGACUCCAGCCGCUGAGUCCCUGCCGGUUGCUCCACCGAAAACAGAAGCCAUUCUUACUCCUCUCCAACAAGCUAUGCGACAGAAGCUGAUCUCAUCCCGUUUCCGCCACCUCAACGAGACGCUAUACACGACACCGUCUGCCAAGGCCUUUGAGCUUUUUAGCGCGAACCCGGAGCUGUUCGACGAGUACCACGCCGGCUUCUCUCGCCAGGUCAAGGAGUCCUGGCCUUCCAACCCUGUCGAUGGCUACAUCAAGGCCUUCCGCGGUAGAGGGGCAGUCCGUGGCCCUCCCAAGAAAGGAAAGUUCGACAACAAGCGGAAUUCCGCUCUCGCGCUUCCUCGUCGGCCCAACGGGCUGUGCACCAUUGCUGACCUUGGCUGUGGUGACGCCCAGCUCGCCCGUGCUCUGUUGCCUUCCGCCCAGAAGCUGAACCUCAAGCUUCUCAGCUACGAUCUCCAUGCCCCCGAGGGCUCUCCGAUCACCAAGGCAGACAUCUCCAACCUCCCAUUGGCCGACGGCUCUGUCGAUGUGACUGUCUUCUGUCUCAGUCUGAUGGGCACCAACUGGGUCUCUUUCGUGGAGGAAGCAUGGCGGGUCCUGCGCAGUGACGGCAAGGGCGAGUGCUGGGUCAGUGAAGUCAAGAGUCGCUUUGGUAAGGUGCACCGCAAGAAGGCACAGAUUGGAGCGAAGAAGCCGCUCAGCAAGUCCGAGAAGAAGAAGCUCAAGAAGAAGGCCGAUGAUGAAGGCUCAGAUGUGGAUGACGCAGAUAUCUAUGCUGAAGACGCUCGUCCGGCUGACAAUGACGAUGAGACGGAUAUCUCUGCUUUCGUGGAGGUGUUCCGCACGCGAGGCUUCGUUCUGAAGCCCGAGUCAGUUGACAAGUCUAACAAGAUGUUUGUGAAGAUGGAGUUCGUCAAGGCGGGUGGUGCUCCUACCAAGGGUAAAUAUGCCUCGACGACAGGCGCGGCUGCUGGUCCUGGAAAGAAGAGGUUCAUCGACAGGUCGGCUCUCGCUGACAAAGGGAUGACUGCGGAGGAAGAGGCCGCUGUUCUCAAGCCUUGUGUCUACAAGAUCCGGUAG